UUCUGCCAGCCCCGGCCGCCGCUGGAGCCGGUGUCCGGGCUGGUGAUGGGGUUAAUUCCCUUUCGUAAGACUCGUACUUGCACCCACCCAGCCCCGCCGUCGCCCCGCCGCGCCGCACUCGAACCGCCUCCUCCUCCUCCUCCUCAGUAACGCGGGCCACUGAAAGGCAUGAUAUACUUGAUCCAAGACAGUCCAUUUCAGUCCAGAAAUCUACAGUGGUGACAAGGACAUGGGACUCCUUCUGCCGUUUUCCAGAUGGUUCAAUACAAUUGACAUCCUGGCUGACAACUGUGAAAAAGAACCUUGGAUUAUUUUAUUUUAUUUCUGUGGUAUACCACAAUCCCAAAUCCAUAGGACACAUCAGGCUUCAAGUUCCUUGUAGAAUUCUAAAAUAACCUUUGCUGAUGAGGAUGUCUGAUACUGUUACUGUAAAACAUGAAACUGAAACAAUGAAGGAUUUGGAAGCAGAAAUGAAAGAUACAACCAGAGUUGAAAAUCUUACCAAAUCAGAGAACUAUGGGAAGAUUUUGGCAGAGAAGAAUGAACGUUGUAUUGACAACAAUAUUGAUUUGCAGCGGCCAUUGCAGUCAUUUGGACAGACAGGAAAAAGGUCUAAGUCAAGCUCAAAGUUAAAGCUAGUUCGGAGCCUUGCAGUGUGUGAAGAAUCUCCACCACCCCCUACAACAGAGAUAUCACAGGAGAACCAGGAGAAAAUUCAGAUCCAGUUAACACAAUCAUUUGAAAAAGAGGAGAAGCCCUCAAAAGAUGAAGCAGAAAAAGAAAAAGCCAAUGAUAAGUUGCCCAGAAAAAUGUUAUCAAGAGAUUCCAGUCAAGAAUACACUGAUUCAACUGGCAUAGAUCUACAUGAAUUUUUAGUAAAUACAUUAAAAAACAAUCCCAGGGACAGAAUGAUGCUGUUGAAAUUGGAACAAGAAAUUUUAGAUUUCAUUGGUAAUAAUGAGUCUCCACGUAAAAAAUUCCCCCCAAUGACAUCUUACCAUAGGAUGCUAUUACACAGGGUAGCUGCUUACUUUGGAUUAGACCACAAUGUUGAUCAGAGUGGAAAAUCUGUCAUAGUAAACAAAACUAGCAAUACAAGAAUACCUGAUCAGAAAUUUAAUGAACAUAUUAAGGAUGAUAAAGGUGAAGACUUUCAGAAACGAUAUAUCCUCAAGAGAGAUAACUCUAGCUUUGACAAAGAUGAUAACCAGAUGAGAAUACGUUUAAAAGAUGACAGAAGAAGCAAAUCUAUAGAAGAAAGAGAAGAAGAGUACCAGAGAGCUAGAGACCGCAUAUUUUCCCAAGAUUCCCUGUGUUCCCAAGAGAAUUAUAUUAUUGACAAAAGAAUCCAAGAUGAGGAUGCUAGUAGUACCCAACAGAGGCGCCAGAUAUUUAGAGUUAAUAAAGAUGCUUCAGGAAGGUCAACGAAUAGCCAUCAAAGCAGCACUGAGAACGAUCUGAAGUACUCUGAACCACGACCCUGGAGCAGCACAGAUUCAGACAGCUCUCUCCGAAACUUCAAGCCUGCUGUGACCAAAGCCAGCAGCUUCAGUGGAAUUUCAGUCCUGACAAGAGGUGAUAGUUCUGGAAGCAGCAAAAGCAUAGGCAGGCUUUCAAAAACAGGUUCUGAGUCUUCUGGUAGUGUAGGGUCAUCUACGGGCUCUCUUUCUCACAUCCAGCAGCCUCUUCCAGGUACAGCUCUCAGCCAGUCUUCUCAUGGCGCACCUGUCGUCUAUCCAACUGUCAGCACUCAUAGUUCUCUUUCCUUUGAUGGUGGCCUAAAUGGGCAAGUCGCAUCUCCUAGUACUAGCUUCUUUUUGCUUCCCUUGGAAGCGGCAGGCAUACCACCUGGCAGUAUUCUGAUCAACCCACAAACAGGUCAGCCCUUCAUAAACCCAGAUGGGAGUCCAGUUGUGUAUAACCCUCCUAUGACUCAACAACCAGUGAGAACCCAAGUGCCUGGACCGCCCCCUCUGCCACCCCCGCCACCUCAACAACAAGCAGCUAAUCACAUGUUCUCACAGCAGGACAACCUUGGUUCUCAGUUUAGCCACAUGAGUCUCGCCCGCCAGCCAUCUGCAGAUGGUUCUGAUCCUCAUGCUACCAUGUUCCAGUCCACUGUUGUCCUGCAGUCCCCACAGCAGUCUGGUUAUAUCGUGACGGCAGCCCCUCCACCACCGCCCCCACCUCCUCCCCCUCCCCCGCUGCCACCUGGGCAGCCGGUCCCUACUGCUGCCUACUCCACUUCUGGUCACCCUGUCAGCCAGCCUGUGCUCCAGCAGCAAGGAUACAUUCAGCAGCCCUCACCACAGAUGCCAGCCUGUUACUGUGCUCCAGGCCACUAUCACUCCAGUCAACCUCAGUACCGCCCGGUCCCUUCAGUCCAUUACAGUUCACACCUAAACCAGCCACUGCCACAGCCUGCCCAGCAGACAGGUUAUCAAGUUAUGCCCAACCAGCAACAAAACUACCAAGGAAUAGUUGGAGUUCAGCAACCCCAGAGUCAGAGCCUCGUUGGUGGCCAACCCAACGGCAUUGGAAAUCAGAUUCAAGGAGUUGUCAUCCCCUAUCCUUCAGUGCCAUCAUAUCAGGUUUCACUGCCUCAAGGUUCUCAAGGAAUUGCCCAUCACUCUUACCAACAGCCUGUUAUUUUCCCUAAUCAGUCUAAUCAAGGAUCUAUGCCCACCACAGGAAUGCCAGUUUACUAUAGUGUCAUUCCACCUGGCCAACAAAAUAAUUUAAGCUCAUCAGUAGGUUAUAUGCAACACCCAGGAUCAGAACAAGUACAGUUUCCUCGAACUACUUCACCAUGCAAUUCCCAGCAGCUUCAGAGCCACCAGUGUGCAGCUGUGCCACCUCCGCAGCACAGCCCUCAACUCUGCAGCCCCAUUACUUCACCAGCUCAGUCGCCAGCACCAGCUCAGCUAUCCACCCUGAAAACUGUCCGUCCUUCUGGACCACCACUUUCCAUCAUACCCCAAUUUUCUAGACCUUUUAUCCCUGGGCAAGGAGAUACCAGAUACCCGUUACUUGGCCAGCCGCUGCAGUACAACCCUCCUGCUGUCCUGCACGGACACAUCCCAGUCCCACAGGGUCAGUCUGGCAACAGGCACGGAAGCCGAGGAAGGAAACAAGCUAAAAAAGCUGCAUCCACUGACCUUGGUGCAGGAGAAGCAGUUGUUGGGAAGGUCUUGGAAAUUACUGAACUACCAGAUGGAAUAACUCGCAUGGAAGCCGAGAAGCUUUUUGGGGAACUCUUUAAAAUUGGCGCCAAGAUCCGGUGGCUGCGGGACCCCCAGUCCCAGCCCCAGCUGCAUCGUCACCCCCUCUGCUGUGGCAGUGGGGACAGUGCUGUCAGUUCUGAACGCUGUAAACCCAGUGACUUGGCCUCCACGUACACCGUCUUAGCCACAUUCCCCUCCAUUUCAGCUGCACAGAAUGCAUUGAAGAAACAAAUUAACUCGGUUAACAAGUUUAAACUGAGAACAAGCAAGAAGCACUAUGACUUUCACAUUCUGGAAAGGGCAAGUUCUCAGUAACAGCCACCUUGGACCCUUGGCCUUUGUGAUCCCCCUGCCCUCUCCCAUCUUUAAUUGGCUUGGUAUUGGAGCUUCUGUUAACAUGAUAGAGACUCCUAGGAUGUGUGGUCACGGCGUUACAGCUUUUGUUGAAGACAGGCCAGUGUUCCAGCAAAAGGGGGGAAAUACACACUUCACCCCAUGUGACUGUAGGAAUCCACAUCGGAAUGAUACAGAGUUAGCAGCUUUUUCUGAGGAAAUGCUGUUCAAAUGCCUCCUAACUUUUAUAGUUAUUUUGUUUUAUAUUUCUGAAUUCUUGUAUCAGAUCCAAAGCUCUAUUGUACAGCAAAUUAUUCUUCAAAAUGACUACAACCGGUUGCAACCUGUAUUUUUUUUGCAUCCAGCACAGUGUAACCCAACAUAGAAUUUGGGGGGGAAAGAAUGCAGCAGUGGGAUAACCAAGUCAAAACCAUGUUCUAUCUUUUUGAGGGGCUGAAGGGGGUGACUGAGGAGAGCCCACACGUAGAUCACUCUUCCCCUGUAUCUCUAAACACAAAAACACUUUCCAGGAAAUACAGAAUUCCCUCAUAGGGUCCUUUCCUUCUUCAUUUAGGUGGUAUGAACAUUAAGUGUAAAGUAAAUUAUGUUUUGAAUGCCUCUUAAUCAAACCACUUAGACUCAAAGGGGAAUAGGAAUCAUUCUAGGCAGGAAAAUCCACUUUUUUUUUUUUUAAGUGUCCCUCCAAUAACUGCCACUUAUUUGCAUUCCCCUCCCCUCCUUGUGGAUUUUUUGUCACCUAAGAAAAUACAUUUGACGAGUGCUGGAAACUUCUUAAGUGGUUUAAAAUUUGUUUUCAUUGUUUGCAGCGGAUCACUGGACAUCAAAGAUUCAUUGCACUUAUGAACAAGGAACCUUUUUUUCAAUUUCUGUGUAAUUUGCAAGGCUGUACAAUGUGUGCUGAUGCAAGCCUUUUUCAGUUCAAAAGAAUAAAUGUUUACAAAUAUAGA